CCUGCAGGGACUACUUCUGCUUCUGGCUUUCCUUUGAAUCUGAAGCCAUUGACCACCACUGGUGCCGUUGGAGCUGUGACCUCCACAGCUGCCAUAACCACAAGCACCACGCCCAGUGCCCCCCCAGUGAUGACUUAUGCCCAGCUGGAGAGUUUGAUCAACAAGUGGAGCCUGGAGCUGGAGGACCAAGAGAAGCACUUCCUCCAUCAAGCCACACAAGUCAACGCCUGGGACCGCAUGCUGAUAGAGAACGGGGAGAAGAUUACUUCUUUACACAGAGAAGUGGAGAAGGUGAAGGUUGACCAGAAGAGACUGGAUCAGGAACUGGACUUCAUUCUGUCCCAGCAGAAGGAGCUGGAGGACUUGCUGUCCCCUCUGGAGGAGUCUGUGAAGGAGCAGAGCGGAACCAUCUACCUGCAGCACGCAGAUGAGGAACGGGAGAGGACCUACAAACUGGCUGAAAACAUCGAUGCUCAGCUGAAGCGCAUGGCACAAGAUCUGAAGGACAUCACAGAGCACCUGAACACAUCAAGGGGCCCAGCAGACACGAGUGACCCACUUCAGCAGAUCUGUAAAAUUCUGAAUGCACACAUGGAUUCCCUGCAGUGGAUUGACCAGAAUUCAGCUGUGCUGCAGAGAAAGGUGGAAGAGGUGACCAAGGUUUGUGAGAGUCGCCGCAAGGAGCAGGAGCGCAGCUUUCGGAUCACCUUUGAUUGAGACACUCCCAUGUUCAAGGAAUGAUUGUAACACCUCCACAUACUGUAGAGGUCUUUGAGGUCUGAAAUGGUGACCUGGCUUUGUAUCUUCUUGCAAUAAAAUGUGUUGUUCGUUCCAAA